AUGACUGUGACUGCCGAAACCGCCGCAAGCGGCAGCGACGUCGAGGACCGCCGCGCAGCGGACGUCCUCCCGGAGGUCUUGGACGGUCCCCCGGGAGAGAGGGACUCCGAGGUCCGAGACUGCGCGACGCUAGACAGCGCGGUGGUACAAGUGUCUUCGCCGGAGGAGGAGUCGGUCAGCCUGAGCAGUGACGGGGCGCCCCUCUGCAGGAUCUGUCUGCUGGGCGACGACAAGGAGCCCCUACUCGAGCCGUGUGACUGUAAAGGAACCAUCGGCAGUGUUCACCGAGACUGCUUGGAGCGCUGGAUCCCGCGCACUGCCGACGGCAAGUGCCAGAUCUGUCAGUUCCAGUUCACCGUGCGCCGACAGUCGAAGCCGAUCUGGUGGCUGCUGGGCGACCCGAAGGCGCGCCGCAAGGUGCUCGGCUACCUGGCCCUGGGCGCCACCUUCUCGGCUAGCAUCGCAUUAAUCUUCUCGCUGGCCUGGCUCUACGCGCUACGCCUGUCCUCGCGGCUGGGAGACAGGUCGGCCGUCCUGCUCGUCGUGCUGCUCGCCGUCCAGAACGUGCUCUGGCACUACUUCCCCUUCCUCAGCUUCAUGUACUCGUUUGACGCCAUCAAAGAGUGGCGCCGAAAGAACUUCUCAACCAAGCUCGUCUUGGGCCAUGUCUCCGCAACGCCACGCUGGUUGAGUGUCUGCUCCACCUAG